GUGAUCAGUUCGCUGCAAUCACAGAGGAGGUCAGAUGACUUCACGGCGGAGCCAAUCAUGGCUAGCGGCGGCGAUCUCCGACGUGCACAUCUGUAUACUUUAGUCACCUCGUUCGUCUUCUGUCCACCUUUGUUGAUCCGGUCUCCUUACUUCUGCCAUACCUUUUACGAUUCCCUCUCCUUGUGCUUGCUCUUCUCUUUAUCCCUUGUUUGGCGACAACAGGACUCACCCUCUCGCAAAAACUCCAGCAAGACUCCCCACAAGACUCACCUGUAAACAACCCCCUCCCACCCGUUGAUCCCCCCCUCCUUCCGGCGGAAUUCAACAUGACCACCCGAUAUCGCGUGGAAUAUGCUCUCAAGUCCCACCGGCGGGACCAGCUGAUUGAGUGGAUCAAAGGUCUUCUAGCCGUGCCAUUUGUGCUGCACUCGCAGCCCACCGCGGUUUACCAAGAGCACAGCGAGAACCUCAUCGCGGUCGCCGCGGACACCCACCAACGGUACGCGGAGAUCUUCCGGGAUGUCGAGAAGCUGAUCCGCGACCACAUCACCCACCAGGGGCAGAACGCGCCGGGCAAGUCGAAGCUCAAGCUGCUGGUGCCCACCGUGGGCUCCUUCUUCACGCCGCUGUUCCUGGAAGACGCCUUCACCUACCAGGACAAGCAGCGCUUCAUCAGCCGGCGCCGCUUCGUCGCCCCCUCCUUCAACGACGUGCGGCUCAUUUUAAACUCGGCCCAGCUGCUCGGGCUGGCCCGCACCACGGGGGUGGACCUGGUCACCUUCGAUGGAGACGUGACGCUCUACGACGACGGCGCGUGUCUGACCGACGACAGCCCGGUCAUCGCGCGCAUCAUCCGUCUCCUGCGGGAAGACCGCAAGGUGGGCAUCGUCACGGCGGCCGGGUACACGGAGGCGGCCAAGUACUACGAGCGGCUGCGGGGGCUCCUGGAUGCAAUGCACGCGUCCCCCAACCUGAGCGAGGCGCAGCGGGCCGGACUGGUCGUCAUGGGGGGCGAGAGCAAUUUUCUGUUCCGGUACGACCCGGAGUCGUCGCACAAGCUCACCUACGUGCCGCGCUCGGAGUGGGUGCUGGAGGACAUGAAGUCGUGGCAGGAGGACGACAUCACGGCGCUGCUGGACAUUGCCGAGUCGUCGCUGCGGGCCUGUGCGGCCAACCUGAGCCUGCCGGUGGCGGUGCUGCGCAAGGACCGCGCCGUGGGCGUGUACCCGCUGGAUCGGAGCAAGAUCACGCGCGAGCAGCUCGAGGAGACGGUGCUGGUGGUGCAGAAUACGGUGGAGCGGUCGCCGGUCGGCUCGCGGUUGCCAUUUUGUGCAUUUAACGGGGGUAAUGAUGUCUUUGUGGAUAUCGGCGAUAAGUCGUGGGGUGUGCGGGCGUGUCAGAAGUACUUCGGGGGCAUCGAGCCCGCUCGGACCCUGCACGUGGGCGACCAGUUUUUGUCUGCGGGGGCCAAUGAUUUCAAGGCCCGGUUGGCUUCGACGACGGCGUGGAUUGCCAGUCCGGCGGAGACGGUGCAGCUCCUGGAUGAGCUGCAUGGCUUAUCGCAGUCGCAGUGGUAGUCGCAGUCGCAGUCGCAGUCGCAGUAAGCCGUAUGGCGUUGCAUCUGUUGGCAGUUGUGUUGUUCGUAUGGGCGGGCGCAUAGCGAGUAUACCGGACCCGGAAUCCUAUAAUUAGCAUUGAUCUCGUAUUGCCAGGGACGGCGAUAAGUUUUUUUGUUUGUGAUUGAUUUAUCAGCUGGCGAGAGGAUUCCGGAGAUGCUUUAUAAUCAACAGACUAUCACUAAAAUAAGAUCAACACUAAUGCUG